GGAGGUUUGCAUUCUCGCCAGGGGUCUGGAUGUCGAUAUGCUCGCCGCUGAUUGCAAUGUUAUGCUAUUGUACGACAAUCUGUAAGGAAUCAUUCUCUUUUUUCCCCUGAUUCUUUUUCUAAUUACUGUUUUUGUAUUUCGAGUUUUUGGCUGAGGGACUACGUGUAUGCCGCACUGUGACAGCUAGUUAGUGUAGCUCUCAGUUUUGACGGCGUUCUCAAGAAAUCUGGGUUCAUUUUCCAGUGACUAUAAAUUCAAUGAAGAGAGUUUUUCAUGGACAGCAACAUUAAUAUUAUUUAUGUUUUAUUUAUGUUCAAGAGUUACGUUAUGAAAUUAUCACUGACUGGCUUUAGAAAACGCGGUUGGAACCCAUCAAUUGUCACGCGUUACACGUUUCAAUUUUAGUCGAGUUCAGCAGAGGGGAUACAACAUUGUUUUGUGGGAGUGUAGCCUUUUAUGUGAAUGUCAAUUCGGUGUCGAUGCAUUUUGCGGUUUAAUUACUUAUAGCGAUAUAUGGAAGUGAAUCUACGUUUUGUAAAUGGAAGAUCUGUAUGAAUAUACUCGUCACAAUUGCAGCUGAUUGCAGAGGUUUUUUUUGUCUCCGUCAUCAGAGAAAGCUGCUGACAAAAGGGAUUUCCCUGGAUCACUGAGAAAAGUCAUUUCUGUCUCAUAGUCAGCACUCCCUGAUCGCCACAACAAUGUCCCUCAAUAAAAGUAUUGAAUGGGAACAUUUUGAAGAGCGUGACAAGAUGCACCGGUCUUCUCGGGGUACCGGUAUGGGUUCACUGUCCGGGUCUCGGGGAAAUGGUCUGGUUCCCAGCCCGGCACACAGUGCCCACUGCAGCUUCUACCGCACGCGUACGCUGCAGUCACUUACUUUGGAGAAGAAAGCCAAAAAAGUUCGUUUUUACCGAAAUGGGGACAAAUACUUCAAGGGUUUGGUGUACGCGGUGUCGAGUGACCGCUUCAGGUCCUUGGACGCGCUGCUUAUGGAACUGACCAGGUCGCUGUCUGACAACGUGAACCUGCCUCAAGGAGUACGGAGCAUAUACUCUGUGGACGGAACCAGGAAGAUCGCAAGCCUGGAGGAGUUUGUGGAAGGCGAGAGCUACGUGUGUGCCUCCAACGAACCCUACCGGCGGGUGGACUACUUCAGGAACAUCAACCCCAACUGGUCGAUGAACAUGAGGUCCGGGGCGUCGCGGUCUCUGCCCUCGCUGCUCCCCUGCAGGGGCGAGCCCCGUGAGAACAAGGACUUCAUCAAGCCCAAGCUGGUGACGGUGAUCCGCAGCGGGGUGAAGCCACGCAAGGCCGUGCGAGUGCUGCUCAACAAGAAGACGGCGCACUCCUUCGAGCAGGUGCUCACCGACAUCACCGACGCCAUCAAGCUGGACUCCGGGGCGGUGAAACGCCUCUACACGCUGGAGGGCAAGCAGAUCACCUGUCUGCAGGACUUCUUCGGCGAGGAUGACGUGUUCAUCGCAUGCGGCCCGGAGAAGUACCGCUAUGCCCAGGACGACUUUGUGCUGGACCACAGUGAGUGUCGGGUGUUGAAGUCCUCAUACGCUCGCUCGUCCACCCCAGUUCGGCCUUCAGGAUCCAAGAGCCCGGGAUCAACGCGGCGUAUCAAGUCCCCUGGGACAGUCAGAAGAGCUGGGUACUAUUCUGCCAGCCACUCCCCGGUGAAAUCUCCAGUCAAUGGAGCCCCAGCCAGCCAGAUAUCCACCCCAAAGUCCACCAAAUCCUCCAGCUCCUCCCCCACCAGCCCUCGCAGUACUCGUAGCUUCAAGCUCUCUGCGGCAAGAGGGGACGUAGCAGAGGACCGCCCGUUUCCUCCCCAGAGCUCCGCCCAUCAUAGCUCCACCCCCAAUGUGAACGGAGCCCCCCACCAGGCCAAUAGCCCGAGCCCUGAAGCAGUUAACGGGAACAGAUCCCUGUCCGCCUCAAUCAUCCUGGAGAAGUACAGGGUCGGAAAGGUGAUAGGAGACGGAAACUUUGCCGUUGUGAAGGAAUGUGUUGAGCGGUCCACAGGGAAGGAAUUUGCUCUGAAGAUCAUUGACAAGGCCAAGUGCAGUGGGAAGGAGCACCUGAUUGAGAAUGAAGUUGCGGUUCUGCGCAGGGUCAAACACCCCAAUAUCAUCAUGCUGAUUGAGGAGGUGGACACUCCCAGUGACCUCUAUCUGGUCAUGGAGCUGGUCAAGGGCGGGGACUUGUUUGACGCCAUCACCUCCUCAACCAAGUACACAGAGCGGGAUGCCAGCACCAUGGUGUUCAACCUGGCCAGCGCCCUCAAGUACCUGCACUGCAUGAAGAUCGUACACCGGGACAUCAAGCCCGAGAACCUGCUGGUGUGCGAGGACCCGGAGGGAACCAAGUCUCUGAAGCUGGGGGACUUUGGGCUGGCCACCGUGGUGGAAGGACCCCUGCACACCGUGUGCGGGACGCCCACUUACGUCGCCCCGGAGAUCAUCCUCGAAUCAGGGUACGGGCUGAAAGUGGACAUCUGGGCAGCGGGUGUUAUCACCUACAUCCUGCUUUGUGGCUUCCCUCCCUUCCGCAGUGAUAAUAACCAGCAGGAGGACCUGUUUGACCAGAUCCUGGUGGGCCGGCUGGACUUCCCCUCUCCAUACUGGGACAACAUCACCGACUCAGCCAAGGAGCUGAUUGGUCAGAUGCUUCAGGUGAAUGUGGAGGCACGCUACAGCGCAGAGGAGGUCCUGUCUCACCCCUGGGUCACGGAUGAUGCCGUGAUGGAGAACAACAUGAAGAUGGAGGUGACGGGUAAACUGAAGAAGCACUUCAACUCAGGGCCUAAACACAACAGCACAUCGGCCGGAGUGUCCGUCAUUAUGAACACAGCUCUCGAUAAGGAGAGCAUCCUGCUCACCAGACGCACCCAGGAGCCCGGCGCCAUCACACCUGGGACAGCGCCCACCCAGCAUGAGGACUCCGCUCCCUCAGAGCCCAGCCGCCCCCGGACCCCCCCCCAAACCCAAUCUCCAUCGCCUCCGCCCACCCUGCUGACUGUGGAACAGGAGGCUGAAACGGAACAGCCUUGAUUGACACUGGGAGAAUUAGGACACACCUACUUCCCCCCCUCCCACUUCCUGUUUGCCCCACCCCACCUCUGUCCACCUGGCCUGUUUCCCGCAUGCAGAGGUAGACAUUCCGGAAAGCACUACUGCUCUUCAGCUUCACAGCCAGCUUGUCCAAUAGCUCUUAUUUCCUUUUGUUGUAAAAUGGAGGCAGAAGGAUAGUUUAGUUUUAUUGACUACUGUAUAUAUGUGAAUAUUUGAGGGUUCUGAAACACGUCAGGCUGAAAGAGUUUUCGGUAUGGGUUUUAAAAAGUUUCAGCUCUUUUUCUGUUCUCUCCAGGAAAGUGACUUGUUGGCCGGUUAGUACAACACGUGUUCAUGAGUAUCUGAUCAUGACUGCUCUGCCAACGAGUUGAAAGAGAAGGUACGGAGAUUUAGACCUGGAGGGAUCGAUGUGAAACUUGAAAUAAUGCGAUUAUUUCUUGUUUUUUCCCCCAGUGAGCAUGUCCUAAAGGCUGACUGGGCCCUUCUCCUUUCGUGUAACUGCUUUACACCAAAACACACUUAAUUUGCCUUCAGUGGAACCCGAGACGAUGAAUGUGGAUUGAAUCCGAGGGCAGAGCUUUGAAUAAACUGACAUUGAACGCAUCAGCAGCAACUGAUUCUGCCCCGCUCCAACUAAAGAAACCUCUUUUCUAUGAGCCCAUUUAGACUGAAGAACCUAAUGAAAUAACAACUUGCCUCAUAACUAAUUUAUUUGUACAGACUAAAUAAAAAUGUGAAGAUGUUCUUAAGACAUAGUUAUUUUUCCUGCUGUUUGGUAGGGCUUCAGUGUUGUAGGUAGGGGGUGCUGUUGUCCUUAUUGUUGGGGGUGUUGGCUUCAUUUGGUCAUUGGGAGCAACAACGAACACUCCACAGAGCGAGCCACAAGGACCUUUCACACUGGCUUUCUCUGUAUAGACAAAUACUGUACUGUACAUUUCCUCAAACUAGAUCCCGAUAGCACCAAAACAAUGCUGUUCCAUUCUGCCAUUUAAAAGCUGAGUCAAAUGCAAGCGAUAGUAUAUUUUUAGGCAUGACCAGCUUUAUUAAACAGUGGUGUCCCUCACUGACUGAGUGAGGGAUUACUAAAGAUAAGGACGAUGCUGUUUCUUGGCCAGGGCUCCCUUAAAAAAAUUAUUUUUUCUCAGCGGAGACCUGCAUCGAUAAAUCAUUUCACCACUAGAUGGCAGAAAAGGUGUUUGAGGAGAUCCAAAGUCACAAAAGAACAGUGCCUGUUCUGUUUUGUUUGGGAGAAACAUGCUUACAUUUGGUUUUCAUUUUGACAGUCUAGGCUAUUGUAUACUUAGAUGAGGAUACUGAUAACGUCACCUGAAGGUUUUAACGUUACACUCAUUUUGUAUUAGAACUUAAAAUGCAAUAAAAUUCUGCAUUCCUGCUA